AUGUAUGGCUUUUAUGUCAGUACGUUGCAAUUGGCACCGUGGCAGCGGAAGCCACAUUACCGAUUUCAAGUCUUCGCUCGAGAUCACGGCACGCCCACAGCGCUUACCUCCACUGCCAGUGUGGAAGUGACUGUGCUGGAUUUGAAUGACAACAACCCAGAAUUUGUCGGUUUGGACAGUGAGAGCUGUUACAAAUUUCGUGUGGCCGAGAACGAACCAGCCAACACACACGUGGGAAUCUUAUUGGGCACAGAUAACGAUGCCAAAGAGAAUGCACGUUUGAAGUUUCGACUGGUCACCUCAUCCGGCUCGUUUAAACUGGAUCCAAACACGGGUGAAUUGACCACAUUGCAUAGUUUAGACCGAGAGAAGCAGGCUCAGUACGAGCUGAUUGCAAUGCUCAUGGACCACGGACGUCCGACACGAUCGGCCACGGCCAAGGUGGUGAUCUACGUCUCCGAUGUUAACGAUCACGAUCCGAUUGUGGUAUUCCCGGCCAACGGUCGUGGCAAUGUGACAGUGUCGUUUCGGGAACCCCCGGGAGAGGUUGUCGCACGAAUCGAAGCACGUGAUCCAGAUGAAGGACACAAUGCCUUGCUUCAUUACAGUUUGGUCACAGGAAACCGGAACUCGGUAUUUCGCUUGGGAAGUACAUCGGCCGAACUGAUUGUCAAUCAUCCACUUUCGGAAGCUGAUAUCGGCACCUAUCCGUUAGAAGUACUCAUUCAAGAUGCCGGGGUGCCUCCGAGGUCUGCGCAUGUCAAGUUGACUGUGAAGGUGGUCGACGCACCAGCACGGAUGUAUUCCCAUCGAUUUGUUAACAAUCAGUCCAAACAAAAGGACUCAGUCAAUCAAUUACCUGGAGAACAUUCGCCUUCGGUUGGACAAUUUCGACGCAGUGAGGGAUUGCAGUCUGGUGGAAAUUCCGCGGAUCAAAGACAAGUAGACUCAACAGGACCAGAAACUGGCCUUGUCAGUGCGGGAGCCAUCCUGGUUGCAAUUGUCGCUUUGAGUUGUGCCAUAAUCCUAGUUCUCCUUGGGAUCACAGUCUAUUUAUGUGGCCACAAAGGAUUUGGUAUGCGUCGUCGAUGUGAUUACAACAGACGCCGUCGAGUGGGUAGCGGUCAUGUGAAUAGUUUAAAUGCCAACACUAUUUCGGCCACAACAAAUAACGAACUCACGGACUCAGUGAUUGAGCCCAUGAAACGAGGAACACUCACAGUGAAAACCAUAGAUUCGGAUCGAAUGAAUGCAACACCAACGAACUAUCCGGAUCCGAUAUUACUCGAUCCGGGGAGUGGGACUCUGUUGCGUUGUCAGUUCAGUUCCAUCCCCGGUUCCGGAGUGGCCAGCACAAAUGAAUACACUGAUCAGAAGUUGCUUCGCAUGAAUUCUCCAAUUACGUACGAAGCGUACACAACGUGUUUACCCAUGACUGAACGUGUUCCCAUCAGUGGAACAUAUGAAGCUAUUCCGGCCGGAAGGAUUCUAUUCCCCAUUACAAGUGGCACAUUUGGCGGGACUAACGGAACAACUAUGAUGGUCAAUAAUGGGGAAUUCCUGCAUCCCAAGUUCACAGCCGGAUCGCUUAUUAAACCGCGAGCCAAAACAAGCACGGGUAUUGUGCGUGCAGUCACUCAGGCCUCAAACAAGAGCAGAAAUCCAAAUAGAUCAUUUUGUGAUGAUCGACAGUUUACACAAUCAUUAAAACUCAAACGAUCUGACUGGCUCAACGUUUGUGAGUCCCCGGUCUCCGAAGGAUCAGUGACAGUUGGAAGUGGUGGUGGCGGUGGCGGUGGUGAUGGUCGUACUGGCACUGGCGGAGAACACAAAUUACCACGUCUCGGACAACCGAGGGCGGCGAAAAGUUGGGAAACCUUGGUCGCCGUUCCGCACACUCAAAGAAGCGAGUGGGAUCAAAAGUUUGGUGGACAAAACCAGCGGAUUCAAGACCUCAGCGAAAAUCGAGUUGGUUCAGCUUUGGAUCCUAAAACCCCGGAACCUUCAUCAAGAGGUAUGUACAACACGAGCCGUUGA